GCUACAAUGAAGAUUCUAUGGAAAGACCCAGCCAUUAUUAUGCGAGUGUGCAGUGCAAUACUCAACGGUUGUGCAUACGGCAUUGGACCAUUUCUUAUUAUGAUAGCCUUUGCUUUAAUCGGUCUCUUGGGCUACAGCCUUUUUAAGUUUGCUCUUCCUAUAUGGUUUCCUUCUUUUUCAUCGGAUCAGAUUGACUUGGGGUAUCGAGAGUCUACCAUCACAACCAUAUGUCGAAUGGGCCAUAUUAUAAUAUCUAUCUAUCUGCUAUAUUCCAUCUGCUUCCAUUACAUUGCAUCCAUUUUGACAGAUCCGGGGCGAACACAUGAAGGACUUGUCGAGUGUCUUUUGGGAGAGCAGACUCCCAGUCAAGGAUUGACGUCGUCGCCCAUUCUUUCGGAUCUUGAAGAGCCAUUAAUAAGACGCUGUCGAAAAUGUACACUUCCCAAACCUGCUCGUGCUCAUCAUUGUACAAUAUGCAAGAGAUGCAUCAUGAAGAUGGAUCAUCAUUGUCCAUGGAUCCAUAACUGUGUUGGUAUAUUUAAUCACGAAUACUUUUAUCUGUUUCUCGUGUAUACUACGGUUGCAACGACAUAUUUUUCCUGUUUAUCUAUGGGAGCCGCAUGGAGGGUUUUCUCGGGAAAGGAUGAUGCUAUAGUGAUUGAACUAGAGCCAGUAUUUAUUUUGGCUUUCCUGAUGUCGACCGUUAUGUCGCCGUUGUUGUUUGGUUUUGUGGCAUGGCAUAGCUGGCUUAUUGGCACUGGACAAACCUCGAUUGAACAUCUUGUUAAUCAAGAUUUAUCAUCAAGUUAUGACAUUAAUGGAGAGGUUUGCAUUUGCUCUAACUUGUUGAUUGUUUAG